UGUGCUAAUGGUCCUUUUUCAUCUUUAUAAAAUAUUUCGAAUUUCAUUUCCCCUUUACCACGCAGUCUCCAAAAAAUUUCCCACAUCAUACAUUUCCCUUCAAAAGAACUACGAACAGUUCCUGUUAUAUUUUGGCUUCAAACAUCUAACACUGUUUGACAUACAAAAGCCUUUGUACACAAAAUAACGUCCCUAUGGAAACAACUAAAUGAACAGUUCUGUUUUUGGCUAAUAGCAAUUUACAGUUCAAGAUUUCAUUCAGUACACAGCAUCCCUUCGUAUCAUUCAGUCGAAGAUUAUCAUCAAUAUUGUCUCUCGCACACACUAUUACCGUUAAAAGCCUAUUAGCACGCGAUUCGACAAUUUCCAUCACGAACUUGUCAGUCGUAGUCAGUAAAUUACCGUUCAACAGGCAAAAACUUCGGCCCUAAACCAACGGUUAACACGUGUUGAGUAAUGGUAUCUUCUUCCUCUUGUGAAGAGUGUGUGUGUUAAUUGGUGCAUGUAAUUUGUGAAGUGUUGAUUGUGAAAGUGCUAAUUAAGGGUACUUAAGGAGAAGCUUAUUUAAUAAUUCGGCUUGAUUUCUAAAGAAAGAGUAGAAAAAUUCUUACGAGUGCGUGUUUUUUGGAUCGUGAAAUUAAUUUGAUGUUUAUAUAAUUCAAACAUCGGCCUGCAAGGAUUAAGUUAUUAUCAGUAAUUAUCGAGUUUUUGUGUGUUUUCAUUCCCCCAAAAAUAAAUAAAACCAAAACAGAAAAAGGAUAUUUCCAUUUUUGAGAUGAGAAAAGAUUUAUGAAAGAAAAUAAAUCACAAAAAAAAACACAAAAUAAAAAAAAAACAUACCUCUAAAGGAUUUUUGAGACCACACAUACGACGACGGUAAAGAUUGAUUAACCACUCAAAUGACAUAAUCCGAAAGUUAAAAAACAAAACAACCACUUAAUACUACCACAUUCUGCCGUUUUGUAAUAAUUUCACAAAGUGAACAAAAUUACCAGACAAAUUCAAUUAACACCACCGCCACGUUGGAAGGAAAGAAGAAAAUCCUCUCAGCUGUGAAUACUUUUUUCACUUCUUCUUCAUCAUUUGCCAAGGAAGUCCGUCAAUUAAUGACAAGAAGCACGAACGUCACUCCAUCACCAGCAUUACCAGCAUCGCCAGCAACAUCAGAACGUUCCGAUGUAUAUCCAAAGUGUCCAUUUGAGAAACUACAACAACAUGAACCAUCCCCACCGCCAUCACCAACAGAUGAGUUGUCCACAUCCGGAGCAACAGCUACAUCGCCAAAGUGUGAGGAAAGGAGGCCUGCGACACCAUACCGAGCUUCUAAGUCUGUAGUUUUCGACGAUGAUGAUGAGCAGCCCUGUUGUAGUCGUAGUUUACACAAAGACACAAAUAAACAUGAGGGCCAAUCUGAGGAGCAACAGGAACCUAAGGAUGGUGAUGAUAAAGUGGAGGGCAAAGACCAUGAAGAAUGUGACGAAGAAGAGGAAGAAGAAGAAGAUUGUAGUUGUGAGGAAGAGAACUGCGUUCACUAUCAACAAACGGACGAUGACGAUGAUUUUGAAAUAGAUGUUCCAUUUAGCUUUUGCCCAGAUUGCCAUCACUUCGAUGAUAAGGAAAUGGCCAGGAUACCAACAAAUGCAGUUGAUGAAUCUGCAAAGUGUACCGAUUCACCAAAUCAGCCUGGUAGUGCGACACCAACCACUGAUGAAAUGUUCUUUAGCAGCAAGAUGUCACGUAAAAAAUCGAAGAAACUCAUUGGAGGCGAGGAGCAAUCUACAUGUAGUGCAAGUGGUAGGCCAUAUUUGUCAAGAGCCAGAAUGAGAGAAUUCCGAGAGGCAUUUCGUUUAUUCGACAAAGAUGGUGACGGAUGCAUAACUAAGGAAGAACUUGGUACUGUCAUGAGAUCCCUAGGACAGUUUGCCAGAAUGGAAGAACUCAAGGAAAUGCUAGAAGAAAUCGAUGUUGACGGCGAUGGUAACGUUAGCUUUGACGAGUUUGUUGAAAUUCUUUCGAAAAUGGUCGAUGAGGAAAAAUCGGGUAUCAAUCCAUCGGAGCAAGAAGAACGCGAACUUCGAGAUGCAUUUCAUAUCUUUGACAAGCACAAUCGAGGUUACAUCACUGGAUCUGACUUAAGGGCUGUACUGCAGUGUUUGGGUGAAAAUUUGGGAGAGGAUGAGAUUGAAGAUAUGAUUAAGGAAGUUGACGUGGAUGGUGAUGGACGUAUUGAUUUCUAUGAAUUUGUGCGUGCCCUUGGUGAGCCAGAAGAAUCGCAGGACUGCGAAGAUGACGAUGAAAGCACAUCACCAUCACAGACGCCAAAAUCGACCUUCUCAUCACACAGUCAGGAUUAGAUAAGAAAAUUAUAAAAUUAAAUUAAAUAAAUCAAAAGAUUCAGUGUAAUAAGAAUUAAUAUCCUUUUGAACAAAUAAAACAAAAUAUAAAUAUGAAUAUAAACCUCUCUGAUACAAAUCUACUUUAGAUAACAUUUCAUGCAGUUCUGAAUUAUUUAAAAUGUAAGGUUUAUAAAUAUCAAAAUAAAAUAAAAUCAAAAUAAUAAAUAUCAACAUUCUUCAUAUUAAU